AUGGCCAGGGAGCUGAGCCAGGAGCAGCUGCUGGAUUUCCUCUGCCAGGCUGGGGGGCGAGUGACCAACGCCGCCUUGCUGGGGCACUUCAAGCGCUUCCUGCGGGACCCCGGGCCGGCCGGGCAGGUGCAGCAGCGCCGGGAGCAGUUCAAGAGCCUGGUGAACUCGGUGGCCACGGUGAAGCAGGAGGCGGGCGGCGGCCCCAAGUACGUGGUGCUGAGGAAAAGGUACCGGGACCUGCUGGGCGAGGAGCUGGGGCCACCUGCCGCGGAGCCGCCCCCGGGGCCCGGGCGGUGCCAGGGGCAGGGCCUCGCCGGUGCGUCCCCUGGGAAGGAGGCGGCUCCUCCAGCCGCCCAGCCAGGGAGCGGAGCGGGCUCCCCGGGAGGCCCGGGGAGCGGGGCGCACUGCGGGCUCCAGGAGCAGCCGCGCCCGGCACCCCCCGGCCGCCUCCCCCGGGAUCAUCCCCGCUCCUGCCCGGGCGCAGCUGGCCGGGGGGCUCCCGGCCUCCCCCAGGCUGACUCAGGGAGGCAGGGAGCGGAGCCGCCUCCUGCCCCGGCUUGGGCCGGCGGCGGCCAGGGGCACCCCCCGGAGCGCUGCGCCCCGAGCCCCGAGCUGCGCCGGGCUGCCCCACACGCCCUCCCCGGGGCGCCCCGGGCUCACGGCCCCUGCGCUCCCGCUGGGCUCCAGCAGCAGCGGACCCAGGAGUGGGUGGAGAGGAGCCGGGGUGCGGGGCAGGCGGCCCCGGACAGCUGCUCCGCUCCUCGCUCGCCCGACGGCACCUGCCCGGCCCCGCCGCCCCCCGAGGCUGGCUGGAGAUGCCCCCCGCCCAUCUUCCGGAGCAUCCGGUGCCAGCUGGCCCUGCAGGACCUGGAGGACUUCGUGGAGCAGGCGAGCCCCGGGAGCGAAGAGGGCGGCGGGGGAGGCACCGGCAGCGAGGGGAGUGACUCUCCGCUGGAGGCCGGGGACAGGGGUGCCAGCCCCGCCGGGGGAGCAGGCGGAGGGCCCAGGGACCCAGGGGCGCUAGACUCCCGCUGUCAGCAGCUCAGCAAUGGGGCACCCAGCGACCGCUGCCUCCGCAGCCAGCGCCGAGCCAACAGGCAGGUGGUGGAGGGGAAUGGCACCGCGCCCUGCACCCGCCACUCCUUCCGGAGCAAAAGCACCCACAGGAGCAGCAGGGUGUCCUCCUCCGAGGAUGAGCUGAGGGACCAGGACCAGGGGAGGAGAGGCCGGUGCCCCCGGAGGUCCAGGAAGAUGGCCAAGGGGGCAAUAUUGGCUUCCCCAGGUGUGGACACUCCCAUCACUUUCCAGUACUUGGGCUCUGUGCAAAGACAGUCUUGUGUGCCCACAGAGAAGGCGCUGCCAGUCCCCCACUGCCCUCUGGACCCCAGGCCCUCCUCCGUGCCGCUAGACCCCAGGGAACACAACUGGAUUGUCAUGGUGGCUGCUGGCUCCUGGGUGCAGGUCCGGGCGCUCUUCCUGGAAGAUCCCCAGCUUGCUUUGCAGAGGGACUUUAUCUCAGGCUACACUGCGCUCCACUGGAUCGCCAAACAUGGAGCCAACCAAGUGCUCCAGGACUUGGUCAGUGGGGCCGAGAAAGCGGGCACCCCCCUGGAUGUGAAUGUGAAAUCCAGCUGUGGCUACACCCCAUUGCACCUAGCAGCCAUCCAUGGACACCAGAGGAUCAUGAAGCUGCUGGUCCAGAAAUUGAACUCCAAGGUCCAUGUGCGGGACAGCAGUGGAAAAAGGCCUUGGCAAUACUUGAGCAGCUCAACCUCUGGAGAAAUGUGGCAGCUGCUGGGUGCUCCCAAGGGCAAGACAAUCUUCCCUACCCAGCCCUUAGUCAGACCCUCCUCACCCCCCAGAAAGGCCAAGAGCCAGGAGGUGGCCAAGAGCAUCAGUAGGAAAACCUCCCUUGCGGCCUGCCUGAAACCAAAGCACAUGAAAUGGAAAAUGGGUACCAAGUACCCCGCCCUGAGGGAGCGGGAGGAGUAUAGCGACUGA